UUUAUUCACUUGAAGAGAGAGUGGGAGAGAGGGAGAGCAAAUAAAUAAUUAGCAUUGCUCCCAGGUGCCCAAACACAGCGAUGAAGUGCGGUGCAAUACUCAGCGUACUCAGCCACAUUCUUAGCUAGGCAAUGUGACUGACUAUGCGACCAAAACGGCAGAAAAACGCUCCAGCAACAGCAACAACAACAACACUCCACUAACAAAUUCUCGAACUGUGUGCAACGCAUGCACACACGCACACUACAAACAAACACACACGCACACUACAAACAAACACACACGCACACUAUAAACAAACACACACACACAUAUACACCCACUUUAAAUCUGUGGCCGCUAAAGAAAUUCGGGGGAUAAGGACAAGGACAAGGACACUGAUAAGGGAACAACGGCCCCGGUUUGUGGAAUACAGACACACACACACACAGAUAGUGUAAGCCAUGCUGCUGGUGCGUCAGCUGUUUGGCUCCUCCUCGAAUUCGUGGGUGCGAGCACUGAUUAUAUUCGUGCUCGCCUGGGCCGUUCUCGUCUAUGUGUUCGUCCUCAAGCUGACAAGCACCCAGUCACAGCAAGGACAUCAGGGCUCGCAGGCGUACGCUGCCAAUAGCAAUGAGAACGAGCUCAAUGCCCGACGCAUCAAUCAAGCCCUGCAACUGUUGGAGCACACGGAGCGACGCAACGAGGAGCUCAAGCUGCUCAUCGAUGAGCUGAUGAGCGAACAGCUGGAUAAGCAGAGCUCACUGAAGCUAAUCGAGAGACUGGAGAGCGAUGCACACAAUCCGAAGAACUCGCACGGCGAUCCCUUGGCAGAGGAUUCGCUGUUUGAGGUUGUGAUGCCCGGUGGCGGUGGCGUUGGCGAGGCGGACGCAGCUGAUCGACUGGAGGAUGCUGCGCAGAGCGGGCUCAGCGGGCAGGCGGGCGUUGAGCCGAGCUUGGAAUACGAGCUGACGCGUCGUCGCAUCCAAACGAACAUUGUCGAGAUCUGGAGCUACUUCAGCAGCGAGCUGGGCAAAAUUCGUAAGCUGAUCGGGCCGGGCAAUGCGGAGCUGGACGAGUCCAUUAAGCAGGUGCUGUUGCAGGGUGCCGAGCACAAGCGUUCCCUGUUCAGCGACAUGGAUCAGUUGCGUCGCGUCGACGGCUAUGAGGCGUGGCGCCACAAAGAGUCACAGGAUCUUAGUGAUCUUGUCCAGCGGCGACUGCAUCAUCUCCAGAAUCCCAGCGAUUGCACCAAUGCUCGCAAGCUGGUCUGCAAGCUCAACAAGGGAUGUGGCUAUGGCUGUCAGCUGCACCAUGUGGUCUAUUGCUUCAUUGUUGCCUAUGCCACGGAGCGCACUCUCAUACUGAGGUCGCGGGGCUGGCGCUACCACAAGGGUGGCUGGGAUGAGGUGUUCCGUCCAGUGUCGGAUAGCUGCCAAGAUCCGGGCAUAUCCUACGCUUACAAUUGGCCCGGCAAGCCCAAUACUCAGGUGCUAGUUUUGCCAAUCAUUGAUUCACUAAUGCCGCGUCCACCCUACUUGCCACUGGCCGUGCCGGAGGAUCUGGCGCCGCGCCUAAAGCGACUCCAUGGCGAUCCGAUUGUCUGGUGGGUCGGUCAGUUCCUCAAAUAUCUGCUGCGUCCCCAGUCAGCGACGCGCGAUUUCCUCAAUUCCAGCAUGCGCAAACUGGGCUGGGAGCGUCCCAUUGUGGGGGUACAUGUGCGUCGAACAGACAAAGUGGGCACCGAGGCGGCGUUCCAUGGCAUUGAGGAGUAUAUGACGCAUGUGGAGGAUUAUUAUCGAACGAUGGAGGUCAAUGGCAGCAGUGUGGUGCGUCGCAUCUUUCUCGCCUCCGAUGAUGCGCGCGUGAUUGAGGAGGCGCGCAAAAGCUAUCCACAAUAUCAGAUCGUUGGCGAUCCCGAAGUGGCACGGAUGGCGGCUGUAUCCACACGGUAUACGGAUACCGCGCUAAAUGGUAUCAUACUCGAUAUCCAUUUGCUGUCGAUGUCCGACUAUUUGGUGUGCACGUUCUCCUCGCAGGUCUGUCGCGUUGCGUACGAGAUAAUGCAGACAAUGCAUCCGGAUGCGGCAUAUCGCUUUAAAUCGCUGGACGACAUUUACUAUUACGGCGGGCAGAAUCCGCACAAUCGACGUGCCGUCAUUGCGCACAAGCCGCGCACCCAUGAGGAUCUACAACUGAAAGUUGGCGAUCUCGUUUCGGUUGCGGGCAACCAUUGGGAUGGCAAUUCCAAGGGCAAAAAUACGCGCACCAAUCAGGGUGGACUCUUUCCAUCCUUCAAGGUGGUCGACAAGGUCGAAACGGCCAAGCUGCCCAUCUACGAGGGCGUCUAAUCCGCACAUUGACCAUCCAUCUGUCCAUCCCCAACUCCAUCGCUUGAAUGUCUGAAUCUCUUUUAGCUCCACUCACAUUCCAUGUGAGCGCAGCCACCGCCAAUCCCCCCUCCAUUCCACUUCUCCCCCUCCACCCCACACCCCCUACCAAUCUCACUAGAAGACACGUGGUACUUUCAAAAUUCUCGUAUAGAAUGCUCGAAUCUCUAAUUUCGAAUCUCACGAAGCCAACAGCUAACAAAAUCAAUUUCUAUGCAUUUUCGAAAGCCGAAGAAAUUACACAAAACAAAACAAAACAAAAUUAAAAAUAAAAUUAAAUGAAUAGUAUAUGUUGACAAGAAGAAGAAGAAGAAGAAUAUACAUAUAGAGAGAGUCUCUACAUAUGUACAUGUGGCGUAUGUAUGUGUGUAUAUACAGUAUAUAUUUAUGUCUAAUAUAUAGAAACUAUGUUUAAGCCUGCAAGUAGUGUUCAAGUACGCGCAAUAUAGAUUAUCCUUUGUAACAUAGACAAACAAACAAACAAAC